AAAAGCUUUUCCAUGUCUCCACACCAGUCCAAGCCGAGUCACAUGCGUUUGUUCUGUUGCAUGUAAGCUUCCUCCUCCCCUCGCUCAUCAGCUCAUCUCCUUCUCUCUCCAAUCUAGCCUCCAUUGCCCCCUCCCUUCCAAGCUCGCUGCACCCAUGGCCGCGACGGCGAGCAGCUUGACGGCUCCCGUUGCCGUGUUCUUGGCGCUGGUGUUGCUGAUGUUCAGUGGCACGGAGGCCAAGUUCCUGUCCAACAACAUCACCGUGGUUGGCUCUGUAUACUGCGAUGCCUGCUCCAACAAUACCUUCUCCAAGCAUAGCUUCUUCUUGAAAGGAGCCAGGGUGCUGAUCCAGUGCAACUUCAAGGUGAACUCGACGUCGUCGGAGGAGCUCUCCCUGGAGGCGGAGCGCACUACCGACCAGAACGGCGUGUACAAGCUCGACGUGCCCCCCGUGGACGGCUUCGCGUGCCGCGAGGGACACGAGCUCCGCUCGGCGUGCCGCGCCACGCUCGUCCGGAGCUCCUCCGCCGCCUGCAACGUCCCGGGCCUCAGGGGGUCCACGCAGCACAUCGCGCUCCGCUCCCGCGCCACCAACGCCUGCUUCCUCAACCUCAACGCGCUCAACUUCCGCCCCGCCAAGCGGGACGGCGCGCUCUGCCACGGCGGCGGCGGCGGAGGCAGCGGCGCCGGGCCCGCGUUCGGCUCGUCGCUCUUAUUUUGGCCGUUCUUGCCGCUCUUCUGGCCGCCGUUCCGGCUCCCGUUCCCCGCGCCGGGCGGCGUCGGCGGAACGGUGUCGUUCCCGUGGCCGUUCCCGGUGCCGAACUGGCUCGUGCCCUUCCUGCGGCCGCCGUUCUUGCCCUUCCCGCUCUACGUGCCGGCGCCGGAGUCGUCGGUGCCGCCGCCGUCCUACCGUUUCCUGCCUUCCCAAGAAGCGACCUCUCGGCCUUAGACCGGCCACCGGGUUCAGAAGAAGCUUGUCAAGAUCUGAGAUUUUAGCCUUCUUGCCAAGAUCAACUUCAGAAUCCGUGUGUUAGUGGUGAGAGACUGAGAGGCUGUGUGCUAUUUGAUCUCAUGUUAGGUGACCUCUGUUCCAUGCACCAUGCUCAUGCAUGUAAUUGGAGCUAGUGCUGGUGUUUCCAUGGUGUUCAUUGAGCUGAUGGACAUCGGGAUUGUGAUAUUCUGUAGUGACCAUGGUUACUGGUGUUGUUGACCUUCCGAUGAACGUUGAGCGAAAAAUGAGUAGACCAAUUGAUCCGUGCACCAUACUCAACACGAACAAGGCGUCAGGAGACAUCCUGUGUGCUCAAAACCUGUCUCGCCUGUUUGGAGCUCAUGGCAGAGCUGUGAUCGAGUGUACACGUAAAGCUGGGUGUGAUUGGUAUGAGUUCUGCAAUGGAAUUGCGUCGUCAUCGCUGCACCAGAAACGCGUUACCCAAUGUGCAUAUGACAGGAAGGAGUAGGCACAAAUGUCUGUAACUGAUUGCUGAACAUAGAGUUUAUCAGGAUUGUUGCUUUGUCUUUUCUCUCGGACCCUUCCAAACUGAUUGCAAUCCUUUUUCAGUGGAAAUGUACUUCAAGUGUUUGAUAAACACAGGAACCUAGCAGAAGACAGGCAGACACAGGUACACGAAGCCAAGUUCCAUGUUGAAGGAUGCUAGAAUCAUGGGUGGUUCUUGGUUCCAGAUGUCAAAUUCCGGGGUGUUCAUGACACACACGGACUGAAACCACAAAACAAAUCUGCGAGAUGCAGCUGACGUUUUGGAGCGUCGCAUUGGACAGGAAACAGACGCUGCUAGAUAAGCUAAACAACCCUUGUGGUCGGGGCGUUUGACACCUCCAAACACAGGUCAGAGAAGACUUGUAGCUAUUGGUGCAUUAUUUCCAUGACGCCAUUAACCGGCCUUUCAAGUUGCAUGCAUGGAUUUUUGGCUCCUGGUUUUGGUUAUUAACCCUCCGAAACAGCCAAAUCGUAUUCUAACAGCCAAAUACUAUAUGCAUGUAAUGCAGGUGUAUGAUAUUAUAUGUGCAACUAUCGUGUAAGAAAAUUG